AGCAAGCCGGAGAAGCGGAGUGCGAAACGGGAAGAGAAUUUUAUACGGACGCUGCACUCUACUACUAGCACUACUAUUACUACUACUACUAUUGCUACUACUGCUUCCCCUCGGAGCUGCAGCCGGAAAGAAGACGUAAAAGGUCCGCUGACGAGGAUAGGAGGUUGGAAACGUAUUCGCAAGUACACCAACAAGAACCCAACAAACGAGAAAGGAAACGAAACGGCAGCCACAGCCGCAGCCGCCACCGCAGAUACUUUCAAAAUAGGAAAUUGAAAAAUAGUUUGGCAGGAAUAAAAGAAUCUCCUUUACUUACCGGACAGCGCAACUAAUUGGUAUUAGUAUUGCUACUAUUCUUAUUACUACUGCUACUGCGCCCUUCUACGGAGCGGUGUUCCUUUGCUGUUGUUGUUUGCUACGCGAAGCCGUGUAGGCGAGGCACAGACGUGGAAGCCAGCGAGGUGCAUUCCUUUUGUUAUUUUCUUCUUUCUUUCUAUUUCACCGGGUCUACCCCCCCCCCCCCUUGACUGCUUCUACCACGGGCAGACCACCGACACAUGUCCGUGUCCGCGAAGGAGCCGCCUGCCCACGCCGCCGGUCAGCGCGAGGGCACCCGCUCCUUCACCGUGGAAAUGGAGGAGUGCGCCGCGCUUCCACUCGACGCUGACGAAGUCUCCGCCGUCCCGCCGACGCCCCCGCGGGGUGUCGACAAGAAGGCUGGCGGGGCGAGCGGUAGCAGCGUCGGGUCGAGCUUCCCCAGCCACGGGGCGUCGAACACCAACGACCACCACCCACUGUCCCAACAGCAGACGCCGCAGCAGCAGCAACGUCGGAUUGGUGGCCGCCCCGGCAACGCGACCACCUCAGCGCUCAGUCAUCGCACCACCACCGGCAUGGGCUCUGCGGGAGGCGUGAACUCGCUGCACCUCGUGACGUGUCUGACCGGCACGCCUGCGAGCCAGCGUGCGGCGGAGGCGGCGGCGAGCCGGGAUCCUGACUUCCACCCCAUGAUCGUGUGCCCCUUGCAGAACCUCGGGAACACCUGCUACUUCAACUCGGGGGUGCAGAUGCUGGCGAACUGCCCGGCGCUCAUCUACGGCGUGCGCAACUCCCCGCUUUGCCACGCAGCGCGCUCGAACUCCCCUCUGCAGUCCCACACGUCGCGGGUGAACUCGAGCAGCGCCGCAGCGAAGUUGUGCCUCAGCGGCGGCGACGCCAACCACACUCUUUUCGAAGAGUUCGCCGUGCUGCUGGCCCGCAUGGAGAACAACGACCUGUGCAGCGGCGAGGCCUUGUCGCCAGUGCGCGCGCUUGACGCCCUCGCGCGGGUCUAUAAGCAGUUCGAGGGCCGCAGCCAGCAAGAUGCGGCGGAGAUGAUGACCGCGGUGCUUGCCAGUCUUGAGGAGGAGGGCGGGCAGUACGCCGAGGUGGUGCAACUGCUGGACUCCUUUGCAGACGACGCGGCGCUCGUCGGUCAGGCCGGUCCCAACGGCGGGGCAGCUGCAAUGGCGGCAUCCUCGUCGCUGCUGCCGCGACAGCCGUCCGGCGACCCGGCCAGCAGCACCGCCCACCGCAGCGAGGAAGGCUGCACCGACGAGUUCUCCGCCUCCCCGCUGAAGUCUGUCGGGACCGCCAGCGCGCUGCCCGGCGCACGCGGCGCCCACGUCAUCGCGAUGCUGCGCUUCAUGAAGCAGGUGAACGCGGAAAAUGAGCAGCUGGAGCGGGAGGUGAAGCAGCGGCACGGGAAGCCGUACCUCGGCACCUUCCACCCUCCCCGUUUGCGCCUCAACCCCGUCAUGGACAGCUUUCGCGGUUACUCCGUCUCGCAGGUGGAGUGCCACCACUGCCGUCGGGUGUCGCGUGUGGUGAGCGACUUCAACGCACUGCUCAUCGACGUGCCAACAAACCGGCAGCGCAGUCAGUUUGCGGCGAGGCACCCCCACCUGCGUCGACUGGCUCCGGACGGGCAGCAGCUGCAGGCGAAGAAGCACACCGGCUUCACCUGGUGGAACCCGCUCUCUUUCUUCAGCUCCGCCUGGGGCCGCCUCGCGCGUCUUUUUGCGAGCAGCGUACCGUUUCCCUUGACGCUGCAGGAGUGCCUUGACAUCCACUUUGAGCCGGUCAAGCUGCACGGCUCGAACCAGUACCGCUGCGAGUCCUGCGGGACGACGAGCGAGGCGACGAAGUCGGAGUCGCUGCUCGGGCUGCCGGAGUACCUUGUCCUGCACAUGAAGCGCUUCGAGGCUGGGCGCUGCUUCAACAGCAAGAAGACGGACCCGGUCAUCUUCCCCGCCUCGUGGGACUCGCUGACGGCGGCGGAGGCGGCGCAGAAGGAACUGGCAGGGAGGGCGGUGCCGGAGGUCCUCGAUCUGCGGCGCUACCUCCACAGCGUGACGGCGCCCUUUGCGGAGCCGAUCCCGCCGUGCCUGAGCGGGAGCCUCGGGGCGGCUUUGGAGGACGAAGAGGCGGAGGGGGCGCCGUCGCCAUCGCCGCAGCGGCACGCGUCGAGCGCGUUCCCCGCAGCGACCACGGCGACGAACACCACUGCGAGUCAUUACCUUAACCCAAACACAGCAGCAACGACGGUCCCUGCAGCACUGUCUUCGCCGUCGCCAAACCCGGACGGCACCACACCGGGGGCCAUCCCGACCACCUACACGCUGGACGGCGUAGUGAACCACCACGGCGGCUACGACGGGGGUCACUACACCGUCUACCUGUACAAGACGACAUCGGAGCAGCGCUCCUGGGUGUACAUCAGCGACGAUGAAAUCGAACGCGCCAGCGACGGGGAGGCGGCGGACUCGGAGGAGUACGUCUUACUGUACCGGCGCCAGCCCAUUGUGCGGCCUGCGGUGGAGUUCGAUGAAGGGGGGCGGCUGCGACAGAAGGCGCGCUACUACCUGUCGCGUGAGGCCAGUCUGGAGGCGUCGCCGGUGAGUGCCACGGCGGGGACCCACUCUGCGGAGGCAGGGUCGACCCUUUCGUCACCCGGCACCGGCACAGCGGCGGCGACUCCCUCCGUCUCCCUCUCGUUCUCCUCCUCUCUCCCCUCGUCUGCCGCGUCCCCGCACGUCUACAUCUCACGUAUGUGGCUCCAGCGGGUCGCCUUCUUGUGUGAGCCCGGACCCAUCGUGAACCGACUCUGCUACUGCACCGCCGCGGACCAGCAGAAGGUCGUCACCCACCGCAGUCUCUUUCCACCCGAUGUGCAGGUGCCGGGCGCGGUGCCGCACGUACACGGCCCUCCCGUGGAGUGGUUUUACGUCCCCAUCACCCGCGCAGACUACGCCAUCUUCUACGACGCGUUCGGCGGCAAUGCGGCGGUGACGGCGGAGGAGGUGGCGGCCAUACAUCACGCGCAGGAGAAGUUUGUCGCGUCGGUCACGGAAGCAGAGCGGGUGAAGCCGCGGGGCGGCUUCCUAGCCGGUCAGCGAUGA